UUCUGUCAAAACAACAAAGGCGUGUAUGUGCAAAGUGCAAAAUUCUCUCCAUCUUGAAGAAAAAUCGAAAUAUUUUGUAGAAUAUCGUUAGAUGCAUUGAAUGGCUUAUUAGAAAAAAAAACUUUGAACUAUUUUGGAUACUUCGGAAAUAAAUUUUGCAAGUGUUAAAGUGCUUAUAAACGGUCGGUUAUAAUUAAUUUUCGUUCAAAAUUCUAGAGUUAAUAACGUGGGGUUGGGGCUUUGCCCUCGUUGGUUUCACUUAAAUGUGUUAGUUUUGUCGGUUCGGGAGUGUUUUGGUUUUUACAGGGACCUUUCGGAAAUGUAUGUAAAAGCACUAAUCUUUCUUGCUUUGUUUCAUUAACUUUCCGUGGGGGGAACAAUAUGUGAAUUUGGAUGCUGAACAAUUUGUGCCUGCUGUACAAUUUUUAUUCAAUGUGAAUGAACUUUGAAAAAAAAAAAUAAAAAUAAAAAAAACAAUGAUACAGACCAUACAAGAUGUCAGCGAUUGCGUUCCGUUGUAUCUGCCGCAUAGCCUCUACCUCAAACCAUCGUCAAAACUUAAUAUAUCGGUGGCCUUGCCGAACGCUAUCACCGGUAAAUCCAUCUCCAACUACGAGGUCAUGGAGAAAAUGCGUCAGAUGAUUAUACCCGACAAAUUUGCGAUUCUAAAGAUUCGUUUUUUAUCAAAGGUAUCCAAAAGCACUGUCGGUUUCAUUCGUUUCGAGGGAGAGCUAGAGGAUCGUAGCAAAAUGCGUCAUGUUUUAGGACGACUUGAUGGGCGGCCUAUUCGUUUGGCCGGAUUCAGUGAAUCGGUAAAGUUGAGAGCAUCGGAAGCGAAAGACGAUUUCCCGACUCGGCAUGAUUGGGAUUCGUUCUUUCGCGAUGCUCGAAACAUGGAUGAAAUGAAACCAGGCGAGCGCCCGGACACCGUUCACUUUUCCAAUCUGCCGAUCAAGUGGUUUUGUCCUAGACACCAGGAGAAUGACAACGAUGCUAAGCCAAGCGAAAGCAUUUUCAAGCGAAUAUUCGAAAGGUUUGGUGACGUUCGCUGUGUGGAUAUUCCUAUUUGUGACCCAUACCGAGCACAAAUGAAAUCGCACAUGUCUGGAAUGCAGAAGUUCAAUUUUGAGCAGGAGAUGUAUUUUGAGGGAUACGUUCAAUUCAGUGAGUAUGUGGGAUUCGUGAAGGCAAUGGAUGAAUUUCGCGGCAUGAAGCUGGUACGAAAGGAAGGCGACAAAAACAUGGCAGUAUCCAUUUCAGUUGACUUCGAUCGCACCAAACAUCUGAGUGAUUCAUCAAUCAAAAAACGAAAAGUGGUCCGCGAACGUUUGAUUGCGGUUGAUCGAGAAAAGGAAGAAGAAGAAAAAAAGAGAGUCGCUGAGGAGGAAGCCAAGAAAGAACGCGAAAGAAAGCGCCAGGAGGAUCUGCGUAAAGCGGACGAACUCAAGCGAAUGCAACGCGAGCAGCGUCGAAAGGAGAAGCAUUUGCAGAAACUACGGCAGCGCGAAACCGACGAGAUUAGCGUGAAAAUACUUCAAGAAGAGCGGAAGUUGAUGGAGACGCAGCGAAAACUGGAGAGUAUUCGAUUGCUGGAUGCCCUUUUUGAUAGAAUAAAGGUAAAACAAACCUUACUCGCGGGUAAAACAGUCAAAGAAGACACUGCCGCUAAAGUUUCUGGACUGACUAAUAAAAAAGCUGAUAAGAUGAAAGCAGCUCAGGAAAAAGAAAUGGUGAAAUUGCGGCAACGAGUAAAAAGUGUUAAAGACGGUAAUUUGCUAAAAAAUUUUCUGGGAACUACGGGUCGCACUUCUGUUGCCCGGUCUCGGUCGCCUAGCAUUAAUACUAUCAGUUCGGACGAUAGUAUACUGAAUGACCAUCCCAUGGACGCAAGGAAGAAGAAAAAGAAGAAAAUGUCUGAUUCUGACCUUAGUUCAACGAACUCAGAAGAAUCCGAUAAAAAUGAAGACGAAGAGACUCACGAUGAAGCCGCUGUUGCUGCUGUUGCAUAUCCUCCCGGCCCUCCAGCAUUACCACCGGGAGCCUACCCCGGAAUGUAUCCAGGAUUCGAUUGGGCAGCAAUGAGCUACGCUUAUGCAUACGAUCCAUUCUAUGCUCAGCGUGCUGGGUAUUAUGCAAAUGCUAUGGCAUACCGUGGAUUUCGGGGUGCUCCACGAGCGCCAAGAUUUCCCAGAGGACGCGGUAGAGGUGUUUACCGUGGUCGUGGUUACGACUACUAUCGCGAAAAAGAUGAUUAUGGUGACUACGAUUACAAUGAGCGUGAGCGUGAACGGGAUCGAAAUCGGUCAAGAACAAGAUCUUAUUCGAGAUCAAGAUCUAGAUCUCGAUCAAGAUCCCGUCGUAGAAGAACACGCAGCAGAAGUCGGAGCCGUUCUCGCGAUCGAAGCAGAUCUCGGGGCUCCCGAAGUCGAUCCCGGUCUUCGAGAUCCAGAUCUAGGUCGAGUUCAAGAUCUAGAUCUAAUCGACGGUCCAGAACAAGAUCAGAACGAUCACGUUCAAAUUCCCGUCGUUCGGAAUCAAAAUCAUUGAAAACGGUGCAAGCGUCUAAACCUACGUCAAAGCAUCUUGCUUCUACAAUAAGAAACACGCGAUCGCGAUCUAAAUCUCACUCUAGAACACGAUCUAAGUCGCGAUCCAGGUCCAGAUAUCGCCACCGUUCAAAAAAUCGCCAUCGCUCGCAUCAUCGCCGUACUCAUUCAAAGGAACAGGAAGAUGAACCCGUUCCCGAAUCGUUCAAAAAGCAUCGAAUUGUACUGCAAACAGAUAAAUUAGUGAAAAGUGCAAAAGAAAUAGAGGAAGAAGUACGAGAACAUAUUCGUAAACAGCAGGAAGAGGAAGAGCGUCAACAGAACGAAAUAAUAUCAAAUGAUACCGAAGCACAUACUGCAGUAGAAAUGGUAGAAACUAGCAAUAAAAAGUCUAAGAACUCGCAUGAAUCACGUACACGAUCUUCAUCGAAGAGACGGACGCGAUCGAAGUCAGUCGAAAAACGGUUAUCCAAACGACGUUCCAGAUCAAAAAGCAAAACUCCAGCGAAUUCUUCGGUCAAACGAAGACAACGGAAGGAUUCUGCCAGAUCGCCGGAGAAAAGUUCCCGAGGAAAGCAUCGGCGUGAUUCAACAUCAUCCACAUCUUCUGAGAAGGUCGAAAGAGGUCAAAAUCAUAGUAGUGAAAUCAAACGAAACAGAAAAGGGCGCUCGAACUCACAGCGUUCUGAUCGAAGGCGUACGAAUCGUUCGAAGGACAGUCCAAGACGACGCGAAAAUAGUCCGUGAGGAAUGUGUUGCAUGUAUAUAAAAAAUUAAUGUGUUUUAACUAAUGCGAACCAAACAUCGUAUGAACUUUGCACUAACAAAACAAACUCAGUUUAUUUGAAGUGUUUUCGGGGGAAUGUCCUGGAUUGAGAAUGGCUUCAACCCCCAAAAGUGUCGCAGGCGGGAAAGCUAUCGUUUUUUUUGGUCCAGAAUAAAGAUCUUAAUUUUGAAAUGUA